GGAGGAUUCCCAAUUUCCCGCCUUCCUAUAUAACACUCUCCGGUCUCUAAUCUAUUUCAAUCCAGAUUAAAGCUUGACAACCUACAAUUUGCAAUCAACAUACUAAUUUGGGUGAAGAAAGAUGGGACAUAAUGGGGAAAGAGGACUCUUCUCGCUUGGUGGAUUCGGUAACGGUGGACACUUCCCUCAACAACAUGGAGCAUACCCUCCUCAAGGAUAUUAUGGUUACACUCAAUCCGGAUAUCCACAACAUGGACAUGCCGGUGGAUACCCGCCACAAGCCUACCCAGGUGCUUAUCAUUCAGGUCAUGGUGGCCAUGGUGCAGGAUUCUUAGCUGGUGGUGCAACCCACGGGGUUGGUGGAUAUGGAGCUCAUCAUGUUUCUCAUGGUCAUGGAGGAUCCCAUGGCUAUGGAUCACACGGCAAUGGAGGCUAUGGGCAGCACCAUGGUAAGUUCAACCAUGGAAAGUUUGGCCAGCAUGGAGGCAAAUUUGGAAAUCACAGGAUGUGGAAAUGAGCAAGUUCGUGCUGUUAGCCCUGCCCCUGCCAAGUUUGUUCCACUGCAUGUGUUUGAAUUAACGUACUGUCGUAUGUUAGCUACCGUUGUGUUGUUUCUUUGUGCUGUUAAGUAGUUUGUAAUAAACACAAAAUAAAGAGGGCAAACUUUGCUGGAACCUUUGUGACUCAAUCAUCUAUAAAAAUAUUUCUUAGCGUGUUUUAA